GGCACUGAGCUCUAUGGUGCAGAAGGCAAGACGCUGCACAAAGACUUUGAUUUUUGACUCGGAACAAACACCAUCAAUGCCUGCAGAUUUUAAUGGUUACUGGAAAAUGGUCAGCAAUGACAAUUUCGAAGCCUAUUUGAAAGCAUUGGAUGUAAAUAUCGCUGUGAGGAAAAUAGCCAAUAUGCUCAAACCUGACAAAGAAAUCAUUCAGGAUGGAGACCACAUGAUUAUUAAAACAUUAAGUACUUUUAAAAACUACAUCAUGGAUUUUGAUAUAGGGAAAGAAUUUGAGGAAGAUCUAACGGGGGUAGAUGACCGCAAAUGUAUGACCUGUGUGACAUGGGAUGAAGAUAAACUUGUUUGUGUACAGAAGGGUGAAAAAGAAGGCCGUGGCUGGACCCAGUGGAUUGAAGGAGAUGAAAUGCAUUUGGAAAUAAGAGCUUGUGGUGUGAAGUGUAAGCAAGUGUUUAAGAAGGUACAGUGACACAAGACCAGCCAAGAAAGUUAUUUAAAAAAUGAAUGGACCUGCUGCUGAACCAUCAACUGCUGCUGGUGGACAAAUGACUUAUUCUUCCUUAUCGCCUAGGAAAAAAUUCAUGGCCAACAUCCAUGCAUGUCUGUUGGAGCACUCUGUAGUAGCUUUUGCUGUGUACAUGACAUUUUUAAAAGCAAUGAUUGAAUCUAAAUGAACAUCAUCAUAAUACAAAAACUCAGAUUAAAGGUGCUGCAGCAUGAAUUGUGUGUAAAUCUACU